AUGGGCGACGCGCGCGCUCAGGUGGUGGCGGACGAGCUGGAGGCUCUGCUGGCAGAGGACGCCAAACAUGGCCUGCGGGCCGCAGAGGCUGCCAGUGGAGGCGCAGGCGGCCGAGGUGGUGGUUUCCGUGCUGGCGGCGGAGAAGAGGUUCGCAUCGACAUGGACGCCGUUGCCGAUGAGGCCGCGGGACUCUCCAGGGCGUCGUCGAGGCUUGACGAGAUGAUCGAGAUGGGCUGGGCGAGCGUGGACCAGCUCCGCGAGGACGGCUCCAUGCUCAAGCGGGCCAAGACCAAGCUGCUGGAUCUCUCGGCUUCUCUCGGCUUCUCGCUCGACGUCAUUCGCAUGGUCGAGCGCCGCGACGGCCAGGAUCGCUGGAUCCUGUACGCAGGCAUGCUCCUGGUUGUGGUUGUCCUCCUCGUCUCGGUGUUCUACAUCCGGCCGUGGUGGCGCGGCGAGGGCGCGUGGGCGCCGGCCCCGCCGCCGAUGUAA